AUGAAUAGUGCAAUGGGAUUGUAUAAAUAUUUAAUUGAAGACACAAAAAUGUUGCAAUACAUUCCAUUAUAUAAAAUCAGCCAAGAUCAUGUUGAGCUUUUCUUCUCCGCUGUUAGAGCAAAAGGGGGCUACAAUAACAAUCCGAAUGCAAUCCAAUUUCGUGCGGCUUAUAAAAAAUUACUUGUUAGAGCAGAGAUCAGGGAUGGUGGUGUUGGAAAUUGUAUUCCAUUAGAACAAGUGAAUAUACUGAAUUGCUCUAGGACAAAUCCAAUUUUAGCUAUAAAUGACUUGAGUGAUAGAAAAAGUUUUUUAGAAAUACCAGAAGAUCACAGUGACUUAUAUGAUGCAUACAUGGAAUGCAUUAUGAAUAAAGAGAUUGAUGAUUAUACUGAUAGGGUCCUAGAAUAUAUAUCUGGAUUUGUGUGUAAAAAAUUAAUGCGUACAUUAAUAUGUGAUAUAUGUGUAUCGUUAUUGAUUGGAGAGCCAGAUAGCAGUAGCCUGAUUUAUGUAAAAUCAAGAGGAGGCCUUAAAUAUACUUCGUCUAGUGUCACAAACAUAAUUAAAAAAACUGAUAAAAUAAUUAAGACGCAACUAAAAAAAGCAUCUAAACCGGAGCUAUACUAUCUU